UUUUUUUUUGUUUUUUGUUUUUUUUUUGGUGUUUCCUCUUUUGUGAUCACUCUCAAAACCCUCCUCCAAGAUCUUUCUCCAAUCACUCAAUUUGGAACCCUCUGAUCUCUUCUCUGAAUCAAAAUCUCACAGACCCACCUUCCAAUUUCUCUGCCAAAUCUGUUAUUCUGUCUUCUAUGUUUCAUGUUUCGGUACGAAACCAACCGACUGUUCUUUUCGUGGUUUUGGUUGAGUUUCUUAGUUGAAUUUUGAAGACCCAUCUUUGAUUUUCUUGUUUUAGGGUUGAUUUAUUGUGCAGAACUUGUUUCUAUCACGUUUGUUUGCUGAAACUCUCUGGAUUCUUUUUUGUUUUGAUGAAAUUCUUGUAGUUUUUUUUUUUUAUUUUGUAUAGUGAUGAUGGGGAAUUGGAGAAGACAAAGGAGUGAUAAUUAUAAUCAACAAGUUACAAGAACAGUAUCACAUAACAGAAAGCCACCUCUUGGUUGUUGGCAGCCAACUGUGCCCUCAUGGGAAAAGAAAUUUUGCACCGUGGUUGGUUCAGUUCCAUGGCGAAAGCUCUUAGAAAGCAAGAAGUUUAUACACCUAUAUGACAAGGUGCUAAAAUGGAAUGACUGUGCAGGUGAAGAGGCUUUCAUCAACGCUAAGAACCGUUUCUGGGCACAGAUAAAUGGGCUUCCUUGUGACAUAUCAUUACCCGAUCCAGAUAUUUAUAUUGAUAAGGUAGAUUGGAAUUCCAAUGUUGAUCCUGAGCUGCUAUUGGACUUGGAAUGUGAAUCUACGGUACCUGCCAACCAAGAAAAAGUGGAGCAGGUUGUGAUUCUUGGUGAAUCUCUUGUCCCAAGCCACUUAUUCUUUUCCACUGGGUGGGGAGAUGCCGAAGAUGAUUUAAAGAAGAAUGGUUCAUCCUCGGAAAUUAAGGUAAAUUCAUUGGAGCGCAGUUGUGAUCAGGCUAAUGGAAAUGUUAGAGAGAAUGAAUGGGAAAAUGGUUGUAAUGAUUCGUGGUGCGAGAAUCAAGGUAACCAAAUCAUGAAAGAGUGCGGGAAUCAAGGUAACCAAAUUAUGAAAGAUAGUGGAUGGGAGAAUAAUAAUUAUGAGGCUGAUAAUAGGAAUCAAGAGCGCUCUGGUAGGUACAUGUCAAGCUACAAAACCUCAAGGUUUCAUGGUGAUGACCAUCUAACAAAACGGGAAUGGAAGAAUGGAAAGGGAAGGAAGAGGGUAAAUUUUGUUUAUGAACGACCAUUUACGGAUAAGAGAACCACGCCAAGGCAGUGAAACUUGAUGAAUACAUGCGGACCAGUCAGCCAUCAUGGAUUAGCCAAACAAGGAAAUCGGUGGGGUUUGGAGAAACCAGUUUCUUGAAUUCAAAAGUAACUAGUAUGCUAUUUGGUUGGCCUAAUAAGGAAAUCAGCGGAGUUGGGAGAAACCAGUUUCUUGAAUUCAAAAGUAAUUAGUGUGCUCUAUUUGGUUGGCCAAACAAGGAAAUUAGUAGAGUUGGGAGAAAUCAGUUUAUUUGGUUCAUUCUAUUGUAUAUCAAGGUACAUCUUGUAAGAAUGGUACGUAAUACCUAAGUAGCAUCCAUCAUGUUUAGUUGUGCUAUUUUUUUUCGGAAGAGUUUCCUCUUGAGAUGUUGAACAUGUUUUUGCAGAAUUGGAGGAGAAUGUAUCAUAAGGCAUAUAUUUGUUUGUUUUCACAUAGGCUUUUGGUGUCUCCCUGAGCUUAUGUAAUGAUAAUUUGGACGUCAAUAUGCAGUUAUUAAUUUGCACAAGCAGGUUAAGAAUAAGAUUUGUUCUUUCAUUGUCAGU